GCCAAGGGCUUUGCUAUCCUGCUUUACCAAAUCAAAAGACACAUUUGUAGAACACACCGCUUUCACUGCAAACUCGUCCAACGUCCUUUGCUUCUUCCAUAACCCGAACGAAAUCCAGAGUCCCCACGGUCUUGUUCUCUGUUAGAUCAUUACUCUCAGAUCUGCACAGAAUUCCAUAGCAGAGCAAAGACGAGGCAUGGCAGCGGCACCGGAUCUUCUGUUCACUCUCCGAAACAAUUUCUACUUGGGAGCUUAUCAGGCCGCCAUCAACAGCAGCGACGUCGCCAAUCUCUCCCCGGACGACGUCAUCGAGAGGGACUGCCUCGUUUACAGAUCUUACAUUGCCCUCGGCAGCUAUCAGUUGGUGAUCAAUGAGAUCGAUUCGUCGGCCGCAACGCCUCUUCAGGCUGUGAAGCUGCUGGCUUUGUAUCUUUCGAGCCCUGCGAAUAAGGAAUCGUCAAUUUCAAGCUUGCGAGAGUGGUUAGAAGAUCCAGCCGUCGGGAACAACCCUAUUUUAAGGCUGAUUGCUGGGAUCAUAUUCAUGCACGAACAAGACUAUAAUGAAGCUCUUAAGCAUACGCAUGCUGGAGGGACUAUGGAACUGCAUGCAUUGAAUGUUCAAAUAUUCCUUAAGAUGCACAGGUCAGAUUAUGGAGAGAAACAGCUGAGGAUUAUGCAACAGAUUGAUGAGGAUCACACACUGACUCAACUUGCAAAUGCAUGGCUAAACUUGGCUGUGGGUGGUUCCAAGAUACAGGAAGCAUAUCUCAUCUUCCAAGAUUUUUCUGAGAAGUAUCAGAUGACAAUUUUGAUCCUGAAUGGGAAAGCUGUUUGCUGCAUGCACAUGGGACAUUUUGAUGAAGCUGAAUCACUGUUGCUUGAAGCACUAAACAAGGAUGCAAAGGAUGCAGAAACCCUGGCCAAUCUGGUUGUGUGCAGUCUUCACCUUGGUAAACCGGCUUCACGUUUUGUAAGCCAGUUGAAGCUUUCUCAUCCAGAUCACAUGCUUGUCAGAAGCGCAUCAGCUGCAGAGGAGAGCUUUGACAGAGCAGUUCAAGCAAAUGCGUGAACAAAAAAAGAAACUUUUGAGUUCAAUAUUCUUUUUUGGCCUUGGCAAGAUGUUAUUUUCUGUGUUUCUGGAUAGGGAACAAACAAUUCCUAGAUCAACAGAAGAAAGUGUUCUGUUACCAAUGGCAGAAUUUAUUUAGCGCGAAGAGGUUUUUCUUGGCAUCCUACUGUUGGGAACAUAUAUUGGACGAUUUCAUUGUGGAUUUUGUGCAGCAAUGUGUAACCUGAGUUGCUGAUACAUGUAUAUUGCCUUUUUCUUUCUCGUUUUCCUACUCUUUGGCUCCCCAAAAGAGGAGGAUUUGCUCUGAAAAAAGGAUACACACAUAUUUAGAAUAUUCGAGUAUUGUGAAUGUUUGAA